GAAGACACCUGCACAGAGGAUCUCAGAGCAACCAGCAUCGGGAGAAGAUGACCAAACUGCAGAUCUGUUUCUUCAUCUUAUGCUCUCUGUCUCAAGCCACAGGUUGUUUCCGACUCAUCACCCCCUCGAAAUGGGGAGCCAGGCCGGCCAAUUGCUCCGUGCCGUUGAGGGACGUCCCGCCCGAGUACGUGGUCAUCAUCCACACGGCCGGCAACCCCUGCCGGACUCACACCCACUGCCACAACGAAGUCAAGGGGAUCCAGAACUACCACAUGAACCUCAAAGGGUGGUGUGAUAUAGCGUACAGUUUCCUGAUCGGUGAGGAUGGUUACGUGUACGAAGGACGGGGCUGGCGCAACGAAGGAUCCCACACCUAUGGCUACAACGACCUCUCUCUGGGGAUUGCGUUCAUCGGCACCUUUGUGGAACGAUCCCCUCAAGAUAAUGCUUGGAAAGCUCUCAGGUGCUUCCUGGAUUUCUCGGUGAAAAUUGGCUACCUGUCGCCCGAAUAUAUAUUGUUGGCCCACAGCGACGUCAGUGACAUUGUGUCUCCUGGAGAAUUUAUCCGUGCCGAGAUUGCUAAGUGGCCAAAUUACAAGCAUUCUCUAAGCCUGGACAGAUCCUUCAAGAUGUCCAGACUGUUCCGAGCCUUCAACGAGAUGAUUGAGCGUCAGUCCAAGGUGGUCCCAAGCAAGUCCCCGGACUCCGAGCCGUUGAAGAAGAGCGAGUUCAAAACCCUAAUUCAGAAGGAGUUGACCACUAGCAAGAGGACGUGCAAAUACAAGAACAUCAAGCUUCUUCACGACUCCGACGCGGAGCUGAUGAGCGAGAAGAUGCUGAGAGGCCAAGGGCACUGA